AUGUUGCAAAUGAAGAAUGGAGAAACAGUCACUGACUAUUUUGCUCGAACAUUGACUGUUGCAAACAAAAUGAGGAUACAUGGAAAUAGAAUGGAAAAUGUCACUGUGAUUGAGAAGAUACUCAGGUCUAUGACAUCUAAGUAUGACUACGUUGUAUGUUCGAUUGAAGAGUCAAAAGAUAUUGAUGCACUUUCAAUUGAUGAAUUGCAAAGUAGUCUGCUGGUGCAUGACCAAAGGAUGACCUGUCAUGAUAUUGAAGAGCAAGCUCUCAAGGUUAGUCAUGAGAAUUACACAUCAGGAAGAGGAAGAGGUCGAGGCAGAUUCAGAGGUCGUGGAAGAGGGAGAGGCCGUCAAGGUCCAUUUGAUAAGUCAACUGUGGAGUGCUACCACUGCCAUGAACUUGGACACUUCCAAUAUGAGUGUCCUCAAAAGGAGAAGGAGAACAAGGCUAAUGUGGCUGAGACAGAGGAGGAGGUGUUAUUGAUGGCAUCUAUUGAUGAAAGAAAUAACCAGAACUGCAACACGUGGUACUUGGACUCGGGCUGCAGCAAUCAUAUGAGUGGAAACAAGCAGCUGUUUGCAAAGAUGGAUGAAUCAUUCAGGGAUAAUGUGAAACUUGGAAACAAUUCCAGUCUGUGUGUCAUGGGAAAAGGCAACAUAAAAAUUGAAGUCAAUGGAGUGAUGCAUUGCAUAACUGAGGUAUUUUAUGUUCCAAAGUUGAAAAACAAUCUGAUUAGUCUUGGUCAGCUGCAGGAGAAAGGGAUGGUCAUCUUGAUUAAAAAGAACUCUUGUCACAUACAUCAUCUUGACAGGAGGAAUCAUGGAUGUGGCACUGCAGAUUGGGCAUUUGAGUUUCAAUGGCCUCGAAGCACUCCAGCAGAAGAACAUGGUGAAAUGACUUCCUCUAUUGCAAGCUCCCUCAACGAUAGAGGAGGAGAGUUUACUUCCAAUGAAUUUGUUAAUUUUUGUGAGAUAAAUGGCAUACACAGGCAAUUAAAAGCAGCUUAUUCACCACAACAAAACGGUGUGGCCGAGGGAAAGAACCAUACCAUUAUGAAUAUGGUAAGAAGUAUGCUUGCAAGAAUGAAGGAUGUUACACCUGAGGAGGCAUGGAGUGCUAGUGGUUGGAAUUGGAAUGAUAAACCAAGAAAGGAAGCUAGUGUUUAUCUUGAAGAGACUGAAACUGAGCAAAUUGUUGAAGAAGGUGAAGAUGAACCUGUUGAGCCAAGAUUUAAUGAAGUCUCCUCAAAUUUACCAAGGCAGAGAAGACCCCCUGGCUGGAUGACUGAUUAUGUGAGUGGUGAUGAGCUCUUAGAUGAUGACAAUAUUGCUCAAUUUGCCUUGUUUGCUGGCAAUGAUCCCAACACGUUUGAUGAUGCUAUAAAGAUUUUGAAAUGGAGAAAAGCCAUGGAUCUGGAGAUACAAGCAAUUGAAAGAAACAACACAUGGGAGUUGGUUUAUUUGCCUAAAGGAGAAAAAAAAAGUUGGAGUGAAGUGGAUAUUCAAGACUAA